AUGGUGUCAGUGUAUUCGGCCGACGGUCGUACAAUGUCACCGGGAGUGUCACCGGGAGUGUCACCGGGAGUGUCACCGGGAGUGUCACCGGGAGUGUCACCGGGAGUGUCACCGGGAGUGUCACCGGGAGUGUCACCGGGAGUGUCACCGGGAGUGUCACCGGGAGUGUCACCGGGAGUGUCACCGGGAGUGUCACCGGGAGUGUCACCGGGAGUGUCACCGGGAGUGUCACCGGGAGUGUCACCGGGAGUGUCACCGGGAGUGUCACCGGGAGUGUCACCGGGAGUGUCACCGGGAGUGUCACCGGGAGUGUCACCGGGAGUGUCACCGGGAGUGUCACCGGGAGUGUCACCGGGAGUGUCACCGGGAGUGUCACCGGGAGUGUCACCGGGAGUGUCACCGGGAGUGUCACCGGGAGUGUCACCGGGAGUGUCACCGGGAGUGUCACCGGGAGUGUCACCGGGAGUGUCACCGGGAGUGUCACCGGGAGUGUCACCGGGAGUGUCACCGGGAGUGUCACCGGGAGUGUCACCGGGAGUGUCACCGGGAGUGUCACCGGGAGUGUCACCGGGAGUGUCACCGGGAGUGUCACCGGGAGUGUCACCGGGAGUGUCACCGGGAGUGUCACCGGGAGUGUCACCGGGAGUGUCACCGGGAGUGUCACCGGGAGUGUCACCGGGAGUGUCACCGGGAGUGUCACCGGGAGUGUCACCGGGAGUGUCACCGGGAGUGUCACCGGGAGUGUCACCGGGAGUGUCACCGGGAGUGUCACCGGGAGUGUCACCGGGAGUGUCACCGGGAGUGUCACCGGGAGUGUCACCGGGAGUGUCACCGGGAGUGUCACCGGGAGUGUCACCGGGAGUGUCACCGGGAGUGUCACCGGGAGUGUCACCGGGAGUGUCACCGGGAGUGUCACCGGGAGUGUCACCGGGAGUGUCACCGGGAGUGUCACCGGGAGUGUCACCGGGAGUGUCACCGGGAGUGUCACCGGGAGUGUCACCGGGAGUGUCACCGGGAGUGUCACCGGGAGUGUCACCGGGAGUGUCACCGGGAGUGUCACCGGGAGUGUCACCGGGAGUGUCACCGGGAGUGUCACCGGGAGUGUCACCGGGAGUGUCACCGGGAGUGUCACCGGGAGUGUCACCGGGAGUGUCACCGGGAGUGUCACCGGGAGUGUCACCGGGAGUGUCACCGGGAGUGUCACCGGGAGUGUCACCGGGAGUGUCACCGGGAGUGUCACCGGGAGUGUCACCGGGAGUGUCACCGGGAGUGUCACCGGGAGUGUCACCGGGAGUGUCACCGGGAGUGUCACCGGGAGUGUCACCGGGAGUGUCACCGGGAGUGUCACCGGGAGUGUCACCGGGAGUGUCACCGGGAGUGUCACCGGGAGUGUCACCGGGAGUGUCACCGGGAGUGUCACCGGGAGUGUCACCGGGAGUGUCACCGGGAGUGUCACCGGGAGUGUCACCGGGAGUGUCACCGGGAGUGUCACCGGGAGUGUCACCGGGAGUGUCACCGGGAGUGUCACCGGGAGUGUCACCGGGAGUGUCACCGGGAGUGUCACCGGGAGUGUCACCGGGAGUGUCACCGGGAGUGUCACCGGGAGUGUCACCGGGAGUGUCACCGGGAGUGUCACCGGGAGUGUCACCGGGAGUGUCACCGGGAGUGUCACCGGGAGUGUCACCGGGAGUGUCACCGGGAGUGUCACCGGGAGUGUCACCGGGAGUGUCACCGGGAGUGUCACCGGGAGUGUCACCGGGAGUGUCACCGGGAGUGUCACCGGGAGUGUCACCGGGAGUGUCACCGGGAGUGUCACCGGGAGUGUCACCGGGAGUGUCACCGGGAGUGUCACCGGGAGUGUCACCGGGAGUGUCACCGGGAGUGUCACCGGGAGUGUCACCGGGAGUGUCACCGGGAGUGUCACCGGGAGUGUCACCGGGAGUGUCACCGGGAGUGUCACCGGGAGUGUCACCGGGAGUGUCACCGGGAGUGUCACCGGGAGUGUCACCGGGAGUGUCACCGGGAGUGUCACCGGGAGUGUCACCGGGAGUGUCACCGGGAGUGUCACCGGGAGUGUCACCGGGAGUGUCACCGGGAGUGUCACCGGGAGUGUCACCGGGAGUGUCACCGGGAGUGUCACCGGGAGUGUCACCGGGAGUGUCACCGGGAGUGUCACCGGGAGUGUCACCGGGAGUGUCACCGGGAGUGUCACCGGGAGUGUCACCGGGAGUGUCACCGGGAGUGUCACCGGGAGUGUCACCGGGAGUGUCACCGGGAGUGUCACCGGGAGUGUCACCGGGAGUGUCACCGGGAGUGUCACCGGGAGUGUCACCGGGAGUGUCACCGGGAGUGUCACCGGGAGUGUCACCGGGAGUGUCACCGGGAGUGUCACCGGGAGUGUCACCGGGAGUGUCACCGGGAGUGUCACCGGGAGUGUCACCGGGAGUGUCACCGGGAGUGUCACCGGGAGUGUCACCGGGAGUGUCACCGGGAGUGUCACCGGGAGUGUCACCGGGAGUGUCACCGGGAGUGUCACCGGGAGUGUCACCGGGAGUGUCACCGGGAGUGUCACCGGGAGUGUCACCGGGAGUGUCACCGGGAGUGUCACCGGGAGUGUCACCGGGAGUGUCACCGGGAGUGUCACCGGGAGUGUCACCGGGAGUGUCACCGGGAGUGUCACCGGGAGUGUCACCGGGAGUGUCACCGGGAGUGUCACCGGGAGUGUCACCGGGAGUGUCACCGGGAGUGUCACCGGGAGUGUCACCGGGAGUGUCACCGGGAGUGUCACCGGGAGUGUCACCGGGAGUGUCACCGGGAGUGUCACCGGGAGUGUCACCGGGAGUGUCACCGGGAGUGUCACCGGGAGUGUCACCGGGAGUGUCACCGGGAGUGUCACCGGGAGUGUCACCGGGAGUGUCACCGGGAGUGUCACCGGGAGUGUCACCGGGAGUGUCACCGGGAGUGUCACCGGGAGUGUCACCGGGAGUGUCACCGGGAGUGUCACCGGGAGUGUCACCGGGAGUGUCACCGGGAGUGUCACCGGGAGUGUCACCGGGAGUGUCACCGGGAGUGUCACCGGGAGUGUCACCGGGAGUGUCACCGGGAGUGUCACCGGGAGUGUCACCGGGAGUGUCACCGGGAGUGUCACCGGGAGUGUCACCGGGAGUGUCACCGGGAGUGUCACCGGGAGUGUCACCGGGAGUGUCACCGGGAGUGUCACCGGGAGUGUCACCGGGAGUGUCACCGGGAGUGUCACCGGGAGUGUCACCGGGAGUGUCACCGGGAGUGUCACCGGGAGUGUCACCGGGAGUGUCACCGGGAGUGUCACCGGGAGUGUCACCGGGAGUGUCACCGGGAGUGUCACCGGGAGUGUCACCGGGAGUGUCACCGGGAGUGUCACCGGGAGUGUCACCGGGAGUGUCACCGGGAGUGUCACCGGGAGUGUCACCGGGAGUGUCACCGGGAGUGUCACCGGGAGUGUCACCGGGAGUGUCACCGGGAGUGUCACCGGGAGUGUCACCGGGAGUGUCACCGGGAGUGUCACCGGGAGUGUCACCGGGAGUGUCACCGGGAGUGUCACCGGGAGUGUCACCGGGAGUGUCACCGGGAGUGUCACCGGGAGUGUCACCGGGAGUGUCACCGGGAGUGUCACCGGACGGAGUGUCACCGGGAGUGUCACCGGGAGUGUCACCGGGAGUGUCACCGGGAGUGUCACCGGGAGUGUCACCGGGAGUGUCACCGGGAGUGUCACCGGGAGUGUCACCGGGAGUGUCACCGGGAGUGUCACCGGGAGUGUCACCGGGAGUGUCACCGGGAGUGUCACCGGGAGUGUCACCGGGAGUGUCACCGGGAGUGUCACCGGGAGUGUCACCGGGAGUGUCACCGGGAGUGUCACCGGGAGUGUCACCGGGAGUGUCACCGGGAGUGUCACCGGGAGUGUCACCGGGAGUGUCACCGGGAGUGUCACCGGGAGUGUCACCGGGAGUGUCACCGGGAGUGUCACCGGGAGUGUCACCGGGAGUGUCACCGGGAGUGUCACCGGGAGUGUCACCGGGAGUGUCACCGGGAGUGUCACCGGGAGUGUCACCGGGAGUGUCACCGGGAGUGUCACCGGGAGUGUCACCGGGAGUGUCACCGGGAGUGUCACCGGGAGUGUCACCGGGAGUGUCACCGGGAGUGUCACCGGGAGUGUCACCGGGAGUGUCACCGGGAGUGUCACCGGGAGUGUCACCGGGAGUGUCACCGGGAGUGUCACCGGGAGUGUCACCGGGAGUGUCACCGGGAGUGUCACCGGGAGUGUCACCGGGAGUGUCACCGGGAGUGUCACCGGGAGUGUCACCGGGAGUGUCACCGGGAGUGUCACCGGGAGUGUCACCGGGAGUGUCACCGGGAGUGUCACCGGGAGUGUCACCGGGAGUGUCACCGGGAGUGUCACCGGGAGUGUCACCGGGAGUGUCACCGGGAGUGUCACCGGGAGUGUCACCGGGAGUGUCACCGGGAGUGUCACCGGGAGUGUCACCGGGAGUGUCACCGGGAGUGUCACCGGGAGUGUCACCGGGAGUGUCACCGGGAGUGUCACCGGGAGUGUCACCGGGAGUGUCACCGGGAGUGUCACCGGGAGUGUCACCGGGAGUGUCACCGGGAGUGUCACCGGGAGUGUCACCGGGAGUGUCACCGGGAGUGUCACCGGGAGUGUCACCGGGAGUGUCACCGGGAGUGUCACCGGGAGUGUCACCGGGAGUGUCACCGGGAGUGUCACCGGGAGUGUCACCGGGAGUGUCACCGGGAGUGUCACCGGGAGUGUCACCGGGAGUGUCACCGGGAGUGUCACCGGGAGUGUCACCGGGAGUGUCACCGGGAGUGUCACCGGGAGUGUCACCGGGAGUGUCACCGGGAGUGUCACCGGGAGUGUCACCGGGAGUGUCACCGGGAGUGUCACCGGGAGUGUCACCGGGAGUGUCACCGGGAGUGUCACCGGGAGUGUCACCGGGAGUGUCACCGGGAGUGUCACCGGGAGUGUCACCGGGAGUGUCACCGGGAGUGUCACCGGGAGUGUCACCGGGAGUGUCACCGGGAGUGUCACCGGGAGUGUCACCGGGAGUGUCACCGGGAGUGUCACCGGGAGUGUCACCGGGAGUGUCACCGGGAGUGUCACCGGGAGUGUCACCGGGAGUGUCACCGGGAGUGUCACCGGGAGUGUCACCGGGAGUGUCACCGGGAGUGUCACCGGGAGUGUCACCGGGAGUGUCACCGGGAGUGUCACCGGGAGUGUCACCGGGAGUGUCACCGGGAGUGUCACCGGGAGUGUCACCGGGAGUGUCACCGGGAGUGUCACCGGGAGUGUCACCGGGAGUGUCACCGGGAGUGUCACCGGGAGUGUCACCGGGAGUGUCACCGGGAGUGUCACCGGGAGUGUCACCGGGAGUGUCACCGGGAGUGUCACCGGGAGUGUCACCGGGAGUGUCACCGGGAGUGUCACCGGGAGUGUCACCGGGAGUGUCACCGGGAGUGUCACCGGGAGUGUCACCGGGAGUGUCACCGGGAGUGUCACCGGGAGUGUCACCGGGAGUGUCACCGGGAGUGUCACCGGGAGUGUCACCGGGAGUGUCACCGGGAGUGUCACCGGGAGUGUCACCGGGAGUGUCACCGGGAGUGUCACCGGGAGUGUCACCGGGAGUGUCACCGGGAGUGUCACCGGGAGUGUCACCGGGAGUGUCACCGGGAGUGUCACCGGGAGUGUCACCGGGAGUGUCACCGGGAGUGUCACCGGGAGUGUCACCGGGAGUGUCACCGGGAGUGUCACCGGGAGUGUCACCGGGAGUGUCACCGGGAGUGUCACCGGGAGUGUCACCGGGAGUGUCACCGGGAGUGUCACCGGGAGUGUCACCGGGAGUGUCACCGGGAGUGUCACCGGGAGUGUCACCGGGAGUGUCACCGGGAGUGUCACCGGGAGUGUCACCGGGAGUGUCACCGGGAGUGUCACCGGGAGUGUCACCGGGAGUGUCACCGGGAGUGUCACCGGGAGUGUCACCGGGAGUGUCACCGGGAGUGUCACCGGGAGUGUCACCGGGAGUGUCACCGGGAGUGUCACCGGGAGUGUCACCGGGAGUGUCACCGGGAGUGUCACCGGGAGUGUCACCGGGAGUGUCACCGGGAGUGUCACCGGGAGUGUCACCGGGAGUGUCACCGGGAGUGUCACCGGGAGUGUCACCGGGAGUGUCACCGGGAGUGUCACCGGGAGUGUCACCGGGAGUGUCACCGGGAGUGUCACCGGGAGUGUCACCGGGAGUGUCACCGGGAGUGUCACCGGGAGUGUCACCGGGAGUGUCACCGGGAGUGUCACCGGGAGUGUCACCGGGAGUGUCACCGGGAGUGUCACCGGGAGUGUCACCGGGAGUGUCACCGGGAGUGUCACCGGGAGUGUCACCGGGAGUGUCACCGGGAGUGUCACCGGGAGUGUCACCGGGAGUGUCACCGGGAGUGUCACCGGGAGUGUCACCGGGAGUGUCACCGGGAGUGUCACCGGGAGUGUCACCGGGAGUGUCACCGGGAGUGUCACCGGGAGUGUCACCGGGAGUGUCACCGGGAGUGUCACCGGGAGUGUCACCGGGAGUGUCACCGGGAGUGUCACCGGGAGUGUCACCGGGAGUGUCACCGGGAGUGUCACCGGGAGUGUCACCGGGAGUGUCACCGGGAGUGUCACCGGGAGUGUCACCGGGAGUGUCACCGGGAGUGUCACCGGGAGUGUCACCGGGAGUGUCACCGGGAGUGUCACCGGGAGUGUCACCGGGAGUGUCACCGGGAGUGUCACCGGGAGUGUCACCGGGAGUGUCACCGGGAGUGUCACCGGGAGUGUCACCGGGAGUGUCACCGGGAGUGUCACCGGGAGUGUCACCGGGAGUGUCACCGGGAGUGUCACCGGGAGUGUCACCGGGAGUGUCACCGGGAGUGUCACCGGGAGUGUCACCGGGAGUGUCACCGGGAGUGUCACCGGGAGUGUCACCGGGAGUGUCACCGGGAGUGUCACCGGGAGUGUCACCGGGAGUGUCACCGGGAGUGUCACCGGGAGUGUCACCGGGAGUGUCACCGGGAGUGUCACCGGGAGUGUCACCGGGAGUGUCACCGGGAGUGUCACCGGGAGUGUCACCGGGAGUGUCACCGGGAGUGUCACCGGGAGUGUCACCGGGAGUGUCACCGGGAGUGUCACCGGGAGUGUCACCGGGAGUGUCACCGGGAGUGUCACCGGGAGUGUCACCGGGAGUGUCACCGGGAGUGUCACCGGGAGUGUCACCGGGAGUGUCACCGGGAGUGUCACCGGGAGUGUCACCGGGAGUGUCACCGGGAGUGUCACCGGGAGUGUCACCGGGAGUGUCACCGGGAGUGUCACCGGGAGUGUCACCGGGAGUGUCACCGGGAGUGUCACCGGGAGUGUCACCGGGAGUGUCACCGGGAGUGUCACCGGGAGUGUCACCGGGAGUGUCACCGGGAGUGUCACCGGGAGUGUCACCGGGAGUGUCACCGGGAGUGUCACCGGGAGUGUCACCGGGAGUGUCACCGGGAGUGUCACCGGGAGUGUCACCGGGAGUGUCACCGGGAGUGUCACCGGGAGUGUCACCGGGAGUGUCACCGGGAGUGUCACCGGGAGUGUCACCGGGAGUGUCACCGGGAGUGUCACCGGGAGUGUCACCGGGAGUGUCACCGGGAGUGUCACCGGGAGUGUCACCGGGAGUGUCACCGGGAGUGUCACCGGGAGUGUCACCGGGAGUGUCACCGGGAGUGUCACCGGGAGUGUCACCGGGAGUGUCACCGGGAGUGUCACCGGGAGUGUCACCGGGAGUGUCACCGGGAGUGUCACCGGGAGUGUCACCGGGAGUGUCACCGGGAGUGUCACCGGGAGUGUCACCGGGAGUGUCACCGGGAGUGUCACCGGGAGUGUCACCGGGAGUGUCACCGGGAGUGUCACCGGGAGUGUCACCGGGAGUGUCACCGGGAGUGUCACCGGGAGUGUCACCGGGAGUGUCACCGGGAGUGUCACCGGGAGUGUCACCGGGAGUGUCACCGGGAGUGUCACCGGGAGUGUCACCGGGAGUGUCACCGGGAGUGUCACCGGGAGUGUCACCGGGAGUGUCACCGGGAGUGUCACCGGGAGUGUCACCGGGAGUGUCACCGGGAGUGUCACCGGGAGUGUCACCGGGAGUGUCACCGGGAGUGUCACCGGGAGUGUCACCGGGAGUGUCACCGGGAGUGUCACCGGGAGUGUCACCGGGAGUGUCACCGGGAGUGUCACCGGGAGUGUCACCGGGAGUGUCACCGGGAGUGUCACCGGGAGUGUCACCGGGAGUGUCACCGGGAGUGUCACCGGGAGUGUCACCGGGAGUGUCACCGGGAGUGUCACCGGGAGUGUCACCGGGAGUGUCACCGGGAGUGUCACCGGGAGUGUCACCGGGAGUGUCACCGGGAGUGUCACCGGGAGUGUCACCGGGAGUGUCACCGGGAGUGUCACCGGGAGUGUCACCGGGAGUGUCACCGGGAGUGUCACCGGGAGUGUCACCGGGAGUGUCACCGGGAGUGUCACCGGGAGUGUCACCGGGAGUGUCACCGGGAGUGUCACCGGGAGUGUCACCGGGAGUGUCACCGGGAGUGUCACCGGGAGUGUCACCGGGAGUGUCACCGGGAGUGUCACCGGGAGUGUCACCGGGAGUGUCACCGGGAGUGUCACCGGGAGUGUCACCGGGAGUGUCACCGGGAGUGUCACCGGGAGUGUCACCGGGAGUGUCACCGGGAGUGUCACCGGGAGUGUCACCGGGAGUGUCACCGGGAGUGUCACCGGGAGUGUCACCGGGAGUGUCACCGGGAGUGUCACCGGGAGUGUCACCGGGAGUGUCACCGGGAGUGUCACCGGGAGUGUCACCGGGAGUGUCACCGGGAGUGUCACCGGGAGUGUCACCGGGAGUGUCACCGGGAGUGUCACCGGGAGUGUCACCGGGAGUGUCACCGGGAGUGUCACCGGGAGUGUCACCGGGAGUGUCACCGGGAGUGUCACCGGGAGUGUCACCGGGAGUGUCACCGGGAGUGUCACCGGGAGUGUCACCGGGAGUGUCACCGGGAGUGUCACCGGGAGUGUCACCGGGAGUGUCACCGGGAGUGUCACCGGGAGUGUCACCGGGAGUGUCACCGGGAGUGUCACCGGGAGUGUCACCGGGAGUGUCACCGGGAGUGUCACCGGGAGUGUCACCGGGAGUGUCACCGGGAGUGUCACCGGGAGUGUCACCGGGAGUGUCACCGGGAGUGUCACCGGGAGUGUCACCGGGAGUGUCACCGGGAGUGUCACCGGGAGUGUCACCGGGAGUGUCACCGGGAGUGUCACCGGGAGUGUCACCGGGAGUGUCACCGGGAGUGUCACCGGGAGUGUCACCGGGAGUGUCACCGGGAGUGUCACCGGGAGUGUCACCGGGAGUGUCACCGGGAGUGUCACCGGGAGUGUCACCGGGAGUGUCACCGGGAGUGUCACCGGGAGUGUCACCGGGAGUGUCACCGGGAGUGUCACCGGGAGUGUCACCGGGAGUGUCACCGGGAGUGUCACCGGGAGUGUCACCGGGAGUGUCACCGGGAGUGUCACCGGGAGUGUCACCGGGAGUGUCACCGGGAGUGUCACCGGGAGUGUCACCGGGAGUGUCACCGGGAGUGUCACCGGGAGUGUCACCGGGAGUGUCACCGGGAGUGUCACCGGGAGUGUCACCGGGAGUGUCACCGGGAGUGUCACCGGGAGUGUCACCGGGAGUGUCACCGGGAGUGUCACCGGGAGUGUCACCGGGAGUGUCACCGGGAGUGUCACCGGGAGUGUCACCGGGAGUGUCACCGGGAGUGUCACCGGGAGUGUCACCGGGAGUGUCACCGGGAGUGUCACCGGGAGUGUCACCGGGAGUGUCACCGGGAGUGUCACCGGGAGUGUCACCGGGAGUGUCACCGGGAGUGUCACCGGGAGUGUCACCGGGAGUGUCACCGGGAGUGUCACCGGGAGUGUCACCGGGAGUGUCACCGGGAGUGUCACCGGGAGUGUCACCGGGAGUGUCACCGGGAGUGUCACCGGGAGUGUCACCGGGAGUGUCACCGGGAGUGUCACCGGGAGUGUCACCGGGAGUGUCACCGGGAGUGUCACCGGGAGUGUCACCGGGAGUGUCACCGGGAGUGUCACCGGGAGUGUCACCGGGAGUGUCACCGGGAGUGUCACCGGGAGUGUCACCGGGAGUGUCACCGGGAGUGUCACCGGGAGUGUCACCGGGAGUGUCACCGGGAGUGUCACCGGGAGUGUCACCGGGAGUGUCACCGGGAGUGUCACCGGGAGUGUCACCGGGAGUGUCACCGGGAGUGUCACCGGGAGUGUCACCGGGAGUGUCACCGGGAGUGUCACCGGGAGUGUCACCGGGAGUGUCACCGGGAGUGUCACCGGGAGUGUCACCGGGAGUGUCACCGGGAGUGUCACCGGGAGUGUCACCGGGAGUGUCACCGGGAGUGUCACCGGGAGUGUCACCGGGAGUGUCACCGGGAGUGUCACCGGGAGUGUCACCGGGAGUGUCACCGGGAGUGUCACCGGGAGUGUCACCGGGAGUGUCACCGGGAGUGUCACCGGGAGUGUCACCGGGAGUGUCACCGGGAGUGUCACCGGGAGUGUCACCGGGAGUGUCACCGGGAGUGUCACCGGGAGUGUCACCGGGAGUGUCACCGGGAGUGUCACCGGGAGUGUCACCGGGAGUGUCACCGGAGUUGUCACCGGGAGUGUCACCGGGAGUGUCACCGGGAGUGUCACCGGGAGUGUCACCGGGAGUGUCACCGGGAGUGUCACCGGGAGUGUCACCGGGAGUGUCACCGGGAGUGUCACCGGGAGUGUCACCGGGAGUGUCACCGGGAGUGUCACCGGGAGUGUCACCGGGAGUGUCACCGGGAGUGUCACCGGGAGUGUCACCGGGAGUGUCACCGGGAGUGUCACCGGGAGUGUCACCGGGAGUGUCACCGGGAGUGUCACCGGGAGUGUCACCGGGAGUGUCACCGGGAGUGUCACCGGGAGUGUCACCGGGAGUGUCACCGGGAGUGUCACCGGGAGUGUCACCGGGAGUGUCACCGGGAGUGUCACCGGGAGUGUCACCGGGAGUGUCACCGGGAGUGUCACCGGGAGUGUCACCGGGAGUGUCACCGGGAGUGUCACCGGGAGUGUCACCGGGAGUGUCACCGGGAGUGUCACCGGGAGUGUCACCGGGAGUGUCACCGGGAGUGUCACCGGGAGUGUCACCGGGAGUGUCACCGGGAGUGUCACCGGGAGUGUCACCGGGAGUGUCACCGGGAGUGUCACCGGGAGUGUCACCGGGAGUGUCACCGGGAGUGUCACCGGGAGUGUCACCGGGAGUGUCACCGGGAGUGUCACCGGGAGUGUCACCGGGAGUGUCACCGGGAGUGUCACCGGGAGUGUCACCGGGAGUGUCACCGGGAGUGUCACCGGGAGUGUCACCGGGAGUGUCACCGGGAGUGUCACCGGGAGUGUCACCGGGAGUGUCACCGGGAGUGUCACCGGGAGUGUCACCGGGAGUGUCACCGGGAGUGUCACCGGGAGUGUCACCGGGAGUGUCACCGGGAGUGUCACCGGGAGUGUCACCGGGAGUGUCACCGGGAGUGUCACCGGGAGUGUCACCGGGAGUGUCACCGGGAGUGUCACCGGGAGUGUCACCGGGAGUGUCACCGGGAGUGUCACCGGGAGUGUCACCGGGAGUGUCACCGGGAGUGUCACCGGGAGUGUCACCGGGAGUGUCACCGGGAGUGUCACCGGGAGUGUCACCGGGAGUGUCACCGGGAGUGUCACCGGGAGUGUCACCGGGAGUGUCACCGGGAGUGUCACCGGGAGUGUCACCGGGAGUGUCACCGGGAGUGUCACCGGGAGUGUCACCGGGAGUGUCACCGGGAGUGUCACCGGGAGUGUCACCGGGAGUGUCACCGGGAGUGUCACCGGGAGUGUCACCGGGAGUGUCACCGGGAGUGUCACCGGGAGUGUCACCGGGAGUGUCACCGGGAGUGUCACCGGGAGUGUCACCGGGAGUGUCACCGGGAGUGUCACCGGGAGUGUCACCGGGAGUGUCACCGGGAGUGUCACCGGGAGUGUCACCGGGAGUGUCACCGGGAGUGUCACCGGGAGUGUCACCGGGAGUGUCACCGGGAGUGUCACCGGGAGUGUCACCGGGAGUGUCACCGGGAGUGUCACCGGGAGUGUCACCGGGAGUGUCACCGGGAGUGUCACCGGGAGUGUCACCGGGAGUGUCACCGGGAGUGUCACCGGGAGUGUCACCGGGAGUGUCACCGGGAGUGUCACCGGGAGUGUCACCGGGAGUGUCACCGGGAGUGUCACCGGGAGUGUCACCGGGAGUGUCACCGGGAGUGUCACCGGGAGUGUCACCGGGAGUGUCACCGGGAGUGUCACCGGGAGUGUCACCGGGAGUGUCACCGGGAGUGUCACCGGGAGUGUCACCGGGAGUGUCACCGGGAGUGUCACCGGGAGUGUCACCGGGAGUGUCACCGGGAGUGUCACCGGGAGUGUCACCGGGAGUGUCACCGGGAGUGUCACCGGGAGUGUCACCGGGAGUGUCACCGGGAGUGUCACCGGGAGUGUCACCGGGAGUGUCACCGGGAGUGUCACCGGGAGUGUCACCGGGAGUGUCACCGGGAGUGUCACCGGGAGUGUCACCGGGAGUGUCACCGGGAGUGUCACCGGGAGUGUCACCGGGAGUGUCACCGGGAGUGUCACCGGGAGUGUCACCGGGAGUGUCACCGGGAGUGUCACCGGGAGUGUCACCGGGAGUGUCACCGGGAGUGUCACCGGGAGUGUCACCGGGAGUGUCACCGGGAGUGUCACCGGGAGUGUCACCGGGAGUGUCACCGGGAGUGUCACCGGGAGUGUCACCGGGAGUGUCACCGGGAGUGUCACCGGGAGUGUCACCGGGAGUGUCACCGGGAGUGUCACCGGGAGUGUCACCGGGAGUGUCACCGGGAGUGUCACCGGGAGUGUCACCGGGAGUGUCACCGGGAGUGUCACCGGGAGUGUCACCGGGAGUGUCACCGGGAGUGUCACCGGGAGUGUCACCGGGAGUGUCACCGGGAGUGUCACCGGGAGUGUCACCGGGAGUGUCACCGGGAGUGUCACCGGGAGUGUCACCGGGAGUGUCACCGGGAGUGUCACCGGGAGUGUCACCGGGAGUGUCACCGGGAGUGUCACCGGGAGUGUCACCGGGAGUGUCACCGGGAGUGUCACCGGGAGUGUCACCGGGAGUGUCACCGGGAGUGUCACCGGGAGUGUCACCGGGAGUGUCACCGGGAGUGUCACCGGGAGUGUCACCGGGAGUGUCACCGGGAGUGUCACCGGGAGUGUCACCGGGAGUGUCACCGGGAGUGUCACCGGGAGUGUCACCGGGAGUGUCACCGGGAGUGUCACCGGGAGUGUCACCGGGAGUGUCACCGGGAGUGUCACCGGGAGUGUCACCGGGAGUGUCACCGGGAGUGUCACCGGGAGUGUCACCGGGAGUGUCACCGGGAGUGUCACCGGGAGUGUCACCGGGAGUGUCACCGGGAGUGUCACCGGGAGUGUCACCGGGAGUGUCACCGGGAGUGUCACCGGGAGUGUCACCGGGAGUGUCACCGGGAGUGUCACCGGGAGUGUCACCGGGAGUGUCACCGGGAGUGUCACCGGGAGUGUCACCGGGAGUGUCACCGGGAGUGUCACCGGGAGUGUCACCGGGAGUGUCACCGGGAGUGUCACCGGGAGUGUCACCGGGAGUGUCACCGGGAGUGUCACCGGGAGUGUCACCGGGAGUGUCACCGGGAGUGUCACCGGGAGUUGUCACCGGGAUGUCACCGGGAGUGUCACCGGGAGUGUCACCGGGAGUGUCACCGGGAGUGUCACCGGGAGUGUCACCGGGAGUGUCACCGGGAGUGUCACCGGGAGUGUCACCGGGAGUGUCACCGGGAGUGUCACCGGGAGUGUCACCGGGAGUGUCACCGGGAGUGUCACCGGGAGUGUCACCGGGAGUGUCACCGGGAGUGUCACCGGGAGUGUCACCGGGAGUGUCACCGGGAGUGUCACCGGGAGUGUCACCGGGAGUGUCACCGGGAGUGUCACCGGGAGUGUCACCGGGAGUGUCACCGGGAGUGUCACCGGGAGUGUCACCGGGAGUGUCACCGGGAGUGUCACCGGGAGUGUCACCGGGAGUGUCACCGGGAGUGUCACCGGGAGUGUCACCGGGAGUGUCACCGGGAGUGUCACCGGGAGUGUCACCGGGAGUGUCACCGGGAGUGUCACCGGGAGUGUCACCGGGAGUGUCACCGGGAGUGUCACCGGGAGUGUCACCGGGAGUGUCACCGGGAGUGUCACCGGGAGUGUCACCGGGAGUGUCACCGGGAGUGUCACCGGGAGUGUCACCGGGAGUGUCACCGGGAGUGUCACCGGGAGUGUCACCGGGAGUGUCACCGGGAGUGUCACCGGGAGUGUCACCGGGAGUGUCACCGGGAGUGUCACCGGGAGUGUCACCGGGAGUGUCACCGGGAGUGUCACCGGGAGUGUCACCGGGAGUGUCACCGGGAGUGUCACCGGGAGUGUCACCGGGAGUGUCACCGGGAGUGUCACCGGGAGUGUCACCGGGAGUGUCACCGGGAGUGUCACCGGGAGUGUCACCGGGAGUGUCACCGGGAGUGUCACCGGGAGUGUCACCGGGAGUGUCACCGGGAGUGUCACCGGGAGUGUCACCGGGAGUGUCACCGGGAGUGUCACCGGGAGUGUCACCGGGAGUGUCACCGGGAGUGUCACCGGGAGUGUCACCGGGAGUGUCACCGGGAGUGUCACCGGGAGUGUCACCGGGAGUGUCACCGGGAGUGUCACCGGGAGUGUCACCGGGAGUGUCACCGGGAGUGUCACCGGGAGUGUCACCGGGAGUGUCACCGGGAGUGUCACCGGGAGUGUCACCGGGAGUGUCACCGGGAGUGUCACCGGGAGUGUCACCGGGAGUGUCACCGGGAGUGUCACCGGGAGUGUCACCGGGAGUGUCACCGGGAGUGUCACCGGGAGUGUCACCGGGAGUGUCACCGGGAGUGUCACCGGGAGUGUCACCGGGAGUGUCACCGGGAGUGUCACCGGGAGUGUCACCGGGAGUGUCACCGGGAGUGUCACCGGGAGUGUCACCGGGAGUGUCACCGGGAGUGUCACCGGGAGUGUCACCGGGAGUGUCACCGGGAGUGUCACCGGGAGUGUCACCGGGAGUGUCACCGGGAGUGUCACCGGGAGUGUCACCGGGAGUGUCACCGGGAGUGUCACCGGGAGUGUCACCGGGAGUGUCACCGGGAGUGUCACCGGGAGUGUCACCGGGAGUGUCACCGGGAGUGUCACCGGGAGUGUCACCGGGAGUGUCACCGGGAGUGUCACCGGGAGUGUCACCGGGAGUGUCACCGGGAGUGUCACCGGGAGUGUCACCGGGAGUGUCACCGGGAGUGUCACCGGGAGUGUCACCGGGAGUGUCACCGGGAGUGUCACCGGGAGUGUCACCGGGAGUGUCACCGGGAGUGUCACCGGGAGUGUCACCGGGAGUGUCACCGGGAGUGUCACCGGGAGUGUCACCGGGAGUGUCACCGGGAGUGUCACCGGGAGUGUCACCGGGAGUGUCACCGGGAGUGUCACCGGGAGUGUCACCGGGAGUGUCACCGGGAGUGUCACCGGGAGUGUCACCGGGAGUGUCACCGGGAGUGUCACCGGGAGUGUCACCGGGAGUGUCACCGGGAGUUGUCACCGGGGUGUCACCGGGAGUGUCACCGGGAGUGUCACCGGGAGUGUCACCGGGAGUGUCACCGGGAGUGUCACCGGGAGUGUCACCGGGAGUGUCACCGGGAGUGUCACCGGGAGUGUCACCGGGAGUGUCACCGGGAGUGUCACCGGGAGUGUCACCGGGAGUGUCACCGGGAGUGUCACCGGGAGUGUCACCGGGAGUGUCACCGGGAGUGUCACCGGGAGUGUCACCGGGAGUGUCACCGGGAGUGUCACCGGGAGUGUCACCGGGAGUGUCACCGGGAGUGUCACCGGGAGUGUCACCGGGAGUGUCACCGGGAGUGUCACCGGGAGUGUCACCGGGAGUGUCACCGGGAGUGUCACCGGGAGUGUCACCGGGAGUGUCACCGGGAGUGUCACCGGGAGUGUCACCGGGAGUGUCACCGGGAGUGUCACCGGGAGUGUCACCGGGAGUGUCACCGGGAGUGUCACCGGGAGUGUCACCGGGAGUGUCACCGGGAGUGUCACCGGGAGUGUCACCGGGAGUGUCACCGGGAGUGUCACCGGGAGUGUCACCGGGAGUGUCACCGGGAGUGUCACCGGGAGUGUCACCGGGAGUGUCACCGGGAGUGUCACCGGGAGUGUCACCGGGAGUGUCACCGGGAGUGUCACCGGGAGUGUCACCGGGAGUGUCACCGGGAGUGUCACCGGGAGUGUCACCGGGAGUGUCACCGGGAGUGUCACCGGGAGUGUCACCGGGAGUGUCACCGGGAGUGUCACCGGGAGUGUCACCGGGAGUGUCACCGGGAGUGUCACCGGGAGUGUCACCGGGAGUGUCACCGGGAGUGUCACCGGGAGUGUCACCGGGAGUGUCACCGGGAGUGUCACCGGGAGUGUCACCGGGAGUGUCACCGGGAGUGUCACCGGGAGUGUCACCGGGAGUGUCACCGGGAGUGUCACCGGGAGUGUCACCGGGAGUGUCACCGGGAGUGUCACCGGGAGUGUCACCGGGAGUGUCACCGGGAGUGUCACCGGGAGUGUCACCGGGAGUGUCACCGGGAGUGUCACCGGGAGUGUCACCGGGAGUGUCACCGGGAGUGUCACCGGGAGUGUCACCGGGAGUGUCACCGGGAGUGUCACCGGGAGUGUCACCGGGAGUGUCACCGGGAGUGUCACCGGGAGUGUCACCGGGAGUGUCACCGGGAGUGUCACCGGGAGUGUCACCGGGAGUGUCACCGGGAGUGUCACCGGGAGUGUCACCGGGAGUGUCACCGGGAGUGUCACCGGGAGUGUCACCGGGAGUGUCACCGGGAGUGUCACCGGGAGUGUCACCGGGAGUGUCACCGGGAGUGUCACCGGGAGUGUCACCGGGAGUGUCACCGGGAGUGUCACCGGGAGUGUCACCGGGAGUGUCACCGGGAGUGUCACCGGGAGUGUCACCGGGAGUGUCACCGGGAGUGUCACCGGGAGUGUCACCGGGAGUGUCACCGGGAGUGUCACCGGGAGUGUCACCGGGAGUGUCACCGGGAGUGUCACCGGGAGUGUCACCGGGAGUGUCACCGGGAGUGUCACCGGGAGUGUCACCGGGAGUGUCACCGGGAGUGUCACCGGGAGUGUCACCGGGAGUGUCACCGGGAGUGUCACCGGGAGUGUCACCGGGAGUGUCACCGGGAGUGUCACCGGGAGUGUCACCGGGAGUGUCACCGGGAGUGUCACCGGGAGUGUCACCGGGAGUGUCACCGGGAGUGUCACCGGGAGUGUCACCGGGAGUGUCACCGGGAGUGUCACCGGGAGUGUCACCGGGAGUGUCACCGGGAGUGUCACCGGGAGUGUCACCGGGAGUGUCACCGGGAGUGUCACCGGGAGUGUCACCGGGAGUGUCACCGGGAGUGUCACCGGGAGUGUCACCGGGAGUGUCACCGGGAGUGUCACCGGGAGUGUCACCGGGAGUGUCACCGGGAGUGUCACCGGGAGUGUCACCGGGAGUGUCACCGGGAGUGUCACCGGGAGUGUCACCGGGAGUGUCACCGGGAGUGUCACCGGGAGUGUCACCGGGAGUGUCACCGGGAGUGUCACCGGGAGUGUCACCGGGAGUGUCACCGGGAGUGUCACCGGGAGUGUCACCGGGAGUGUCACCGGGAGUGUCACCGGGAGUGUCACCGGGAGUGUCACCGGGAGUGUCACCGGGAGUGUCACCGGGAGUGUCACCGGGAGUGUCACCGGGAGUGUCACCGGGAGUGUCACCGGGAGUGUCACCGGGAGUGUCACCGGGAGUGUCACCGGGAGUGUCACCGGGAGUGUCACCGGGAGUGUCACCGGGAGUGUCACCGGGAGUGUCACCGGGAGUGUCACCGGGAGUGUCACCGGGAGUGUCACCGGGAGUGUCACCGGGAGUGUCACCGGGAGUGUCACCGGGAGUGUCACCGGGAGUGUCACCGGGAGUGUCACCGGGAGUGUCACCGGGAGUGUCACCGGGAGUGUCACCGGGAGUGUCACCGGGAGUGUCACCGGGAGUGUCACCGGGAGUGUCACCGGGAGUGUCACCGGGAGUGUCACCGGGAGUGUCACCGGGAGUGUCACCGGGAGUGUCACCGGGAGUGUCACCGGGAGUGUCACCGGGAGUGUCACCGGGAGUGUCACCGGGAGUGUCACCGGGAGUGUCACCGGGAGUGUCACCGGGAGUGUCACCGGGAGUGUCACCGGGAGUGUCACCGGGAGUGUCACCGGGAGUGUCACCGGGAGUGUCACCGGGAGUGUCACCGGGAGUGUCACCGGGAGUGUCACCGGGAGUGUCACCGGGAGUGUCACCGGGAGUGUCACCGGGAGUGUCACCGGGAGUGUCACCGGGAGUGUCACCGGGAGUGUCACCGGGAGUGUCACCGGGAGUGUCACCGGGAGUGUCACCGGGAGUGUCACCGGGAGUGUCACCGGGAGUGUCACCGGGAGUGUCACCGGGAGUGUCACCGGGAGUGUCACCGGGAGUGUCACCGGGAGUGUCACCGGGAGUGUCACCGGGAGUGUCACCGGGAGUGUCACCGGGAGUGUCACCGGGAGUGUCACCGGGAGUGUCACCGGGAGUGUCACCGGGAGUGUCACCGGGAGUGUCACCGGGAGUGUCACCGGGAGUGUCACCGGGAGUGUCACCGGGAGUGUCACCGGGAGUGUCACCGGGAGUGUCACCGGGAGUGUCACCGGGAGUGUCACCGGGAGUGUCACCGGGAGUGUCACCGGGAGUGUCACCGGGAGUGUCACCGGGAGUGUCACCGGGAGUGUCACCGGGAGUGUCACCGGGAGUGUCACCGGGAGUGUCACCGGGAGUGUCACCGGGAGUGUCACCGGGAGUGUCACCGGGAGUGUCACCGGGAGUGUCACCGGGAGUGUCACCGGGAGUGUCACCGGGAGUGUCACCGGGAGUGUCACCGGGAGUGUCACCGGGAGUGUCACCGGGAGUGUCACCGGGAGUGUCACCGGGAGUGUCACCGGGAGUGUCACCGGGAGUGUCACCGGGAGUGUCACCGGGAGUGUCACCGGGAGUGUCACCGGGAGUGUCACCGGGAGUGUCACCGGGAGUGUCACCGGGAGUGUCACCGGGAGUGUCACCGGGAGUGUCACCGGGAGUGUCACCGGGAGUGUCACCGGGAGUGUCACCGGGAGUGUCACCGGGAGUGUCACCGGGAGUGUCACCGGGAGUGUCACCGGGAGUGUCACCGGGAGUGUCACCGGGAGUGUCACCGGGAGUGUCACCGGGAGUGUCACCGGGAGUGUCACCGGGAGUGUCACCGGGAGUGUCACCGGGAGUGUCACCGGGAGUGUCACCGGGAGUGUCACCGGGAGUGUCACCGGGAGUGUCACCGGGAGUGUCACCGGGAGUGUCACCGGGAGUGUCACCGGGAGUGUCACCGGGAGUGUCACCGGGAGUGUCACCGGGAGUGUCACCGGGAGUGUCACCGGGAGUGUCACCGGGAGUGUCACCGGGAGUGUCACCGGGAGUGUCACCGGGAGUGUCACCGGGAGUGUCACCGGGAGUGUCACCGGGAGUGUCACCGGGAGUGUCACCGGGAGUGUCACCGGGAGUGUCACCGGGAGUGUCACCGGGAGUGUCACCGGGAGUGUCACCGGGAGUGUCACCGGGAGUGUCACCGGGAGUGUCACCGGGAGUGUCACCGGGAGUGUCACCGGGAGUGUCACCGGGAGUGUCACCGGGAGUGUCACCGGGAGUGUCACCGGGAGUGUCACCGGGAGUGUCACCGGGAGUGUCACCGGGAGUGUCACCGGGAGUGUCACCGGGAGUGUCACCGGGAGUGUCACCGGGAGUGUCACCGGGAGUGUCACCGGGAGUGUCACCGGGAGUGUCACCGGGAGUGUCACCGGGAGUGUCACCGGGAGUGUCACCGGGAGUGUCACCGGGAGUGUCACCGGGAGUGUCACCGGGAGUGUCACCGGGAGUGUCACCGGGAGUGUCACCGGGAGUGUCACCGGGAGUGUCACCGGGAGUGUCACCGGGAGUGUCACCGGGAGUGUCACCGGGAGUGUCACCGGGAGUGUCACCGGGAGUGUCACCGGGAGUGUCACCGGGAGUGUCACCGGGAGUGUCACCGGGAGUGUCACCGGGAGUGUCACCGGGAGUGUCACCGGGAGUGUCACCGGGAGUGUCACCGGGAGUGUCACCGGGAGUGUCACCGGGAGUGUCACCGGGAGUGUCACCGGGAGUGUCACCGGGAGUGUCACCGGGAGUGUCACCGGGAGUGUCACCGGGAGUGUCACCGGGAGUGUCACCGGGAGUGUCACCGGGAGUGUCACCGGGAGUGUCACCGGGAGUGUCACCGGGAGUGUCACCGGGAGUGUCACCGGGAGUGUCACCGGGAGUGUCACCGGGAGUGUCACCGGGAGUGUCACCGGGAGUGUCACCGGGAGUGUCACCGGGAGUGUCACCGGGAGUGUCACCGGGAGUGUCACCGGGAGUGUCACCGGGAGUGUCACCGGGAGUGUCACCGGGAGUGUCACCGGGAGUGUCACCGGGAGUGUCACCGGGAGUGUCACCGGGAGUGUCACCGGGAGUGUCACCGGGAGUGUCACCGGGAGUGUCACCGGGAGUGUCACCGGGAGUGUCACCGGGAGUGUCACCGGGAGUGUCACCGGGAGUGUCACCGGGAGUGUCACCGGGAGUGUCACCGGGAGUGUCACCGGGAGUGUCACCGGGAGUGUCACCGGGAGUGUCACCGGGAGUGUCACCGGGAGUGUCACCGGGAGUGUCACCGGGAGUGUCACCGGGAGUGUCACCGGGAGUGUCACCGGGAGUGUCACCGGGAGUGUCACCGGGAGUGUCACCGGGAGUGUCACCGGGAGUGUCACCGGGAGUGUCACCGGGAGUGUCACCGGGAGUGUCACCGGGAGUGUCACCGGGAGUGUCACCGGGAGUGUCACCGGGAGUGUCACCGGGAGUGUCACCGGGAGUGUCACCGGGAGUGUCACCGGGAGUGUCACCGGGAGUGUCACCGGGAGUGUCACCGGGAGUGUCACCGGGAGUGUCACCGGGAGUGUCACCGGGAGUGUCACCGGGAGUGUCACCGGGAGUGUCACCGGGAGUGUCACCGGGAGUGUCACCGGGAGUGUCACCGGGAGUGUCACCGGGAGUGUCACCGGGAGUGUCACCGGGAGUGUCACCGGGAGUGUCACCGGGAGUGUCACCGGGAGUGUCACCGGGAGUGUCACCGGGAGUGUCACCGGGAGUGUCACCGGGAGUGUCACCGGGAGUGUCACCGGGAGUGUCACCGGGAGUGUCACCGGGAGUGUCACCGGGAGUGUCACCGGGAGUGUCACCGGGAGUGUCACCGGGAGUGUCACCGGGAGUGUCACCGGGAGUGUCACCGGGAGUGUCACCGGGAGUGUCACCGGGAGUGUCACCGGGAGUGUCACCGGGAGUGUCACCGGGAGUGUCACCGGGAGUGUCACCGGGAGUGUCACCGGGAGUGUCACCGGGAGUGUCACCGGGAGUGUCACCGGGAGUGUCACCGGGAGUGUCACCGGGAGUGUCACCGGGAGUGUCACCGGGAGUGUCACCGGGAGUGUCACCGGGAGUGUCACCGGGAGUGUCACCGGGAGUGUCACCGGGAGUGUCACCGGGAGUGUCACCGGGAGUGUCACCGGGAGUGUCACCGGGAGUGUCACCGGGAGUGUCACCGGGAGUGUCACCGGGAGUGUCACCGGGAGUGUCACCGGGAGUGUCACCGGGAGUGUCACCGGGAGUGUCACCGGGAGUGUCACCGGGAGUGUCACCGGGAGUGUCACCGGGAGUGUCACCGGGAGUGUCACCGGGAGUGUCACCGGGAGUGUCACCGGGAGUGUCACCGGGAGUGUCACCGGGAGUGUCACCGGGAGUGUCACCGGGAGUGUCACCGGGAGUGUCACCGGGAGUGUCACCGGGAGUGUCACCGGGAGUGUCACCGGGAGUGUCACCGGGAGUGUCACCGGGAGUGUCACCGGGAGUGUCACCGGGAGUGUCACCGGGAGUGUCACCGGGAGUGUCACCGGGAGUGUCACCGGGAGUGUCACCGGGAGUGUCACCGGGAGUGUCACCGGGAGUGUCACCGGGAGUGUCACCGGGAGUGUCACCGGGAGUGUCACCGGGAGUGUCACCGGGAGUGUCACCGGGAGUGUCACCGGGAGUGUCACCGGGAGUGUCACCGGGAGUGUCACCGGGAGUGUCACCGGGAGUGUCACCGGGAGUGUCACCGGGAGUGUCACCGGGAGUGUCACCGGGAGUGUCACCGGGAGUGUCACCGGGAGUGUCACCGGGAGUGUCACCGGGAGUGUCACCGGGAGUGUCACCGGGAGUGUCACCGGGAGUGUCACCGGGAGUGUCACCGGGAGUGUCACCGGGAGUGUCACCGGGAGUGUCACCGGGAGUGUCACCGGGAGUGUCACCGGGAGUGUCACCGGGAGUGUCACCGGGAGUGUCACCGGGAGUGUCACCGGGAGUGUCACCGGGAGUGUCACCGGGAGUGUCACCGGGAGUGUCACCGGGAGUGUCACCGGGAGUGUCACCGGGAGUGUCACCGGGAGUGUCACCGGGAGUGUCACCGGGAGUGUCACCGGGAGUGUCACCGGGAGUGUCACCGGGAGUGUCACCGGGAGUGUCACCGGGAGUGUCACCGGGAGUGUCACCGGGAGUGUCACCGGGAGUGUCACCGGGAGUGUCACCGGGAGUGUCACCGGGAGUGUCACCGGGAGUGUCACCGGGAGUGUCACCGGGAGUGUCACCGGGAGUGUCACCGGGAGUGUCACCGGGAGUGUCACCGGGAGUGUCACCGGGAGUGUCACCGGGAGUGUCACCGGGAGUGUCACCGGGAGUGUCACCGGGAGUGUCACCGGGAGUGUCACCGGGAGUGUCACCGGGAGUGUCACCGGGAGUGUCACCGGGAGUGUCACCGGGAGUGUCACCGGGAGUGUCACCGGGAGUGUCACCGGGAGUGUCACCGGGAGUGUCACCGGGAGUGUCACCGGGAGUGUCACCGGGAGUGUCACCGGGAGUGUCACCGGGAGUGUCACCGGGAGUGUCACCGGGAGUGUCACCGGGAGUGUCACCGGGAGUGUCACCGGGAGUGUCACCGGGAGUGUCACCGGGAGUGUCACCGGGAGUGUCACCGGGAGUGUCACCGGGAGUGUCACCGGGAGUGUCACCGGGAGUGUCACCGGGAGUGUCACCGGGAGUGUCACCGGGAGUGUCACCGGGAGUGUCACCGGGAGUGUCACCGGGAGUGUCACCGGGAGUGUCACCGGGAGUGUCACCGGGAGUGUCACCGGGAGUGUCACCGGGAGUGUCACCGGGAGUGUCACCGGGAGUGUCACCGGGAGUGUCACCGGGAGUGUCACCGGGAGUGUCACCGGGAGUGUCACCGGGAGUGUCGGCUUGA